UUCAGUCUUGUAAGAAAUAAUAUCGUUGUCUGCUAUUCAAUUCAAUAUCACUAUUGCAUUUGCUUGUCAGUAGUAAACGUUACCAAGAACGAAUGAGUAAUUGUAGUGUCAUAGGCUAAAUAAAACUACUGGAGGUGUAUUAAAUAAUAGUCAAAGUAUUAUUUUCAAUUUAUCACGAUAUUUAUAAGGCUACUUCCAUUUUAUUGAAUAUUUAGCAGUAUAUAAUACUCUUAAAAUGACAUCACCCUUUAACAGAAAGUCUAAAGCAUCCAAGGAUGAAGAUAAUUCCGAAAUAACAAUACAGGACGUUUCUAAAGAAGCACAAAGUCUUAUUGACAAGGUUAUUGGAGAUGUGGGGAAGACUUCAGCCACUCAACAGCUAAUUUUGGGCACGGCCUCAGGAUGGCUUACUGGAUAUUUGAUGAUGAAAGUUGGGAAAGUAGCAGCAGUGGCAGUUGGCGGAGGGAUCAUACUUUUGCAGAUAGCCAACCACAAAGGUUAUGUCAAAGUCAACUGGGACAGAAUUUAUAAGAAUGUUGAAGAGCAAGUUGAUAAAAUUGAAGCAACGUCCUCAAAGAAACCUAAAAUUCUCGAUAAGGUUGAAAAGUACGUAGAUCGGAAACUGGACAAAGCUGAAACUCUUCUGAAGAAGAAAGAGCGUAAGGCAAAGAUGUGGUUUAAUAAAAUGACAAAUAAUGAGGAUGACAUUGUAUUCCAUGAAAUACAUGUUUUCAUGGCCUCAUUCUUUGCUGGAAUAGCCAUGGGAAUUGUCUUUGGCAGAAUCUUGUAACUUAGACACUGGUUGCUUGCGCCCAAAGCCUUAUUAAAUUUAAUAAUAUGUCCUUUGUCUAACUAACCUCUUGUAAAUAGCAAUGUAAGUAGCACUAAGUAUUAUUUAUUUCUAAAAUGUGAUAUUAUCUCAGCUUAUGUAUAUCCUUUAUUAGAUCUUGUUCUAUGAUGUAUAAUUAUGUAACUAUGCAAUAAACGUUGUCGUUUCACAAUA